AUGAAGCUCCUGCUGCUGACCUUGGCCGCACUGCUGCUCUUGUCCCAGCUCACCCCAGGUGAUGCUCAGAAAUGCUGGAACCUCAAUGGCAAGUGCCGCCACCGCUGCUCCAGGAAGGAGAGCGUCUAUGUCUAUUGCACAAACGGGAAGAUGUGCUGCGUGAAGCCCAAGUACCAACCGAAGCCAAAGCCAUGGAUGUUUUAA